CGCAAAGCAACGAAACAAGUAGUGCAAGAGAGCAACUGAGUACGUAGUAACCGACGGUCACGCGCGCGCGCGCGCACCCAUGGCCUCCACGCCGACGAGCUUCGUGGCCGUGGCGCUCCUCAUGGCCGUCAUGCUCAGCACGUGCGGUGCUGCGCGCCUCCUCGCCGACAUCCCGACCUUGCCCGAGCCGACGCUGCCGACCUUGCCCCCGGUCGUUCCCACGGUCCCUGCCCUGCCAGGCGGCGUCGUGCCGACCGUGCCGGAAGUGCCGACGGUGCCGCUGCCAACAGUACCCAGCGGCGUCGUGCCAACCAUCCCGACGGUUCCCACCGUGCCGGAGGUGCCGACGGUGCCCACCGUGCCAGGUGUGCCGGCGGUGCCGCUGCCAACAGUACCCGGCGGCGUAGUGCCGACCGUGCCGACGGUGCCCACCGGGCCAGGUGUGCCGGCGGUGCCGUUGCCAACAGUACCCGGUGGCGUAGUGCCGACCAUCCCGACGGUUCCCACCGUGCCGGAGGUGCCGACGGUGCCCACCGUGCCAGGCGUGCCGGCGGUGCCGCUGCCAACAGUACCCGGCGGCGUAGUGCCAACAGUGCCAACCGUGCCAGGCGUGCCAACGUUGCCUCUGCCGCCGAUGCCGUCCAUCCCCAGCUUGCCUAACUUGCCACUGCCACCGAUGCCGUCCAUCCCCGGCGACCUGCCCAAGCUGCCGGUGCCUCUGCCGCCGAUGCCGUCCCUUCCCGACCUGCCCAAGGUGCCACUGCCGCCGAUGCCAUCCCUACCGGACCUGCCCAAGGUGCCACUGCCCCCGAUGCCGUCCAUCCCUGGCGUGCCUAAGAUACCACUGCCAUCUGUUCCGGGUGUGCCGGCCGUGCCGUAGUUCCUCCUCAGCCGACGCACUAAAGGAGUAGAGGUACGUCAUGACCGUGCAUGCACGGGUGUGGGUGCCUGUGGGUGGUCGUUGUUGCCCUACACGAUUUACGAGGGUAAUAUAACUUUGACUUGAUAACAUUUGUUUGAGCACAACAUGUAUAAGUCAGUACGUGCAGGUAGAGAGAGAGAGAAAAAAAGUAAAGUACUCUCUUGUGUGCGUGUGGUCUAUUUGCAAGUGAGUGUGGUGUGGUCCCUUUAUGUGGUUGGAGUCAUUCUUUGUAUAGGCUACGGGUAUUGCUCCAUUUUGUACGUGUGUGCACUGUAUAUUGUUUUCUUUUCACUUGUAUCAACAUACGCACUAUUGAUGUGGGUAUCAUAAGUUUCAAAAGCUUGGCUUUACGUAUGUAUGUCAAA